AUGAUACCACUCGCUUACCAGGAAAUACUGCAAGGACUCGAACGGCAGACCUAUUUGUCAAUAAAAAGCGGCUGUGUUGUAGGAGUCGAACCUGGUGUAGUCCAAAUCCAGUACUCUUGCCAGUUAGUGAAGGGCAAAUCGAGUCCUGCUAUAGUAGCCGGGAGGGCCCUAGACACCUCCUUUUCUUACAGAACGUCCAAUCUCCGCUUAACUAGCGUGUCAUAUCGGAUCCCAAACCGACUGCGGCAGAUCGUGCUCAGCAGAGGUACUGAUGCAUUGGAAGCGGCAGUUGGCUUAGAGGCUGACGAGGAACUCGACUUAUGGGCCUGGUAUAGCAGCUCUUAUCAUCAGUAUCAUGUUGCAUUCUUGCUCUUGUGCGAGGUAUUUGUGGUUCCUCUUCGAAAAGAGGCGACUCGCAUCUGGCGUUGCCUGGACUUUGUUUUUGCCGAGCCCCUACGAAACUUCGCUGCGAUGAGCAUAUCGGAAACUCCCACCUUCCAAGAGACCAUUGACUUUCGCAACAUGAAGGGGCGUUAUCUCAUCGCCACAAUAUCUGAGAGGAUGGACGGAUACCGAGCUGCCAAAGGGCUGAGGCUGCCAUCACACUUUGAUGAGUCAAUGUUUGUCGCUACUCCUAAGAGUGCCGAUGAUUCGGAUCCCAGAAUGCCUCUGAAUUAUGGCCAUGACAAGCCGGAAAUGGCCCCUAAAUAUCCUACUGGAGGACCGAGCUAUAUCCCUAGUUCAAGCGGCACGGAAGCUGAAGCGCACCAUGACCCUUCUGCACGACAGGCAGUGCCAUCUGGCGGCAUCGUUUCUCAGCUAGCUCAUGCUUUGGGACCCUGGUCUAAUACGCAACUUGCUGCAUCAGAGUAUCCCAUGCAGGCGCAUCAGAGUAUCCCAUGCAGGCGCAUCAGAAACUUCGGCCUCAACGACGUUCCUGUGGAUGUUGAAGCAGAGAUGUUGGAAAUAGACUGGAAUCUCUGGGAUACGGUGUUUCCGCCCCAAAUUAAUGAUGGUAACCUGGACAUUCAAGAUGGGGUCUGGUGAAUGAUCCUGUGAUUUCAUUGGCAUUGGCCAGUAUAUUUAGCAUGAAUUACCGCAUGUGUCGAGGUUCAAACCUAGAGACCUACUGUGGUGUGAACGAAGCUUCAGUUGAAAGUGUCAUGGAGACAGAGACUAUCCGUCGGGGAAGUUGAAGUUUCACUUGUAUGCCUUCUCGGAAACCCUGUAAGGGCCAAACUACA